AUGUCAUCAUUAUCAUCGAUUGAUUAUUGUUCAGUAGCAGAUAAUGCAAUGUUACAAAGCAAGUUAGUUAUACAAAAAGAUGAUAAUGGUGUAACACAGAUUGUUCCCAGAACAGAUACAAUAACAGCAUCAACGGCAAUAUUACCAGCACCGAAAUCGACAGCGAACAAUGACGAAAUGAUAUCAACAAUAGUUAGCAAUUCAAAAAUUUUAAAAUCAGCAACAACAACAACAACAUCGAAUGAUGAUAAAUUACCGUUAAAAAAUGGUUGGAGUUUCUACUUUUAUAAAGCUGAUAAACAGCGUGAUUGGAAACAAAAUGUCAUCUAUAUUACAUCAGUCAGCUAUGUUGAAGAUUUUUGGUCAUUUUAUACACAUACAUAUGGUUUACGUGAUUUAAGUAACGGCUCUGAUUAUAUGAUAUUUAAAUUUGGUUGUUUACCAAUGUGGGAAGAUCUAUCCUCACGUGGCGGUGGAAAAUGGGCGGUUACCAUUGAUUCAAAGAAACGAAAACGUGAUCUUGAUGGAUAUUGGUUACAUUUGAUGUUACUCUUGAUUGGUGAUAUUUUUGGUGAAUUGAGCGUGCAUAUUAAUGGUGCUGUUGUAUCAUUACGAGUUAAAGGCGAUCGAUUAGCAUUAUGGCUAAAAAAAGUUGAUGACGAAAAUAUAAUUAAAGCUAUUGGAAUGAAAUUCAAAGAUUUACUAGGAUUUCAAGCUAAAACCUAUUUCGUGUAUGAGUAUCAUGAACCAAAAAUUGAUAGCAAUGAAAUUCGUCUAACUGUUUAA